CUUCAACUGUCAACCAUACGCCGCAGCAACUAGCAUAUAACAUAUGAAACACAAACAAACUGAGUCGCGCUAAAUACCGACGACACAUUCUCAGCGAAGCAUUAAUUAUAUUUGUUAGGUGCAUAGCAUUUUUGGUAUUUUGUCUUGUUUGAGUUUCAACAUAAUCCGUGGCACAAAAUGUUUGGAUCACCAUUAACUGGACAGAGUGUAUUUGGCGCAACGCCUCAAGUACAAACGAUGAAUCCAAAUAAGGAUCUCGAAGUGACUUCACCACCCGAUGAUACAGUCUCCGCAAUGGAAUUCAGUCCGGGUACACUGCAACAAAACUUUUUGCUUGCCGGUAGCUGGGAUUCGAGCGUUCGAUUGUGGGAGGUGGACAAUUCCGGCAAAACAAUACCAAAACAAAUGCAAACGAUGGGUGGCGCUGUUUUGGAUGUUUGUUGGGCAGAUGACGGUACAAAGGCAUUCAUUGCAUCAUGCGACAAACAAGUGAAGUGUUGGGAUUUGGGUUCAAAUCAAAUGAUGCAAGUGGCACAACAUGACGCACCCAUACAAACGUGCCAUUGGGUCAAAGGCUCCAACUACACAUGCUUAAUGACUGGCUCCUGGGAUAAGACACUUAAAUUUUGGGAUACCAGAUCACCGUCACCGAUGAUGGCCAUCAAUUUGCCGGAGCGCUGCUAUUGCGCCGAUGUCGAUUAUCCAAUGGCAAUCGUUGGAACAGCCGGUCGUCGAUUAAUUGUGUACUCAUUAGAAAAUAAGCCAACCGAAUUUAAGCAAAUGGAAAGCCCGCUAAAAUUCCAACAUCGGGCCGUUUCGAUUUUCCGUGACAAACAAAAGAAACCAACCGGUUAUGCAUUGGGCAGUAUUGAGGGUCGUGUUGCUAUUCAAUAUGUGAGCCCAGUGAAUCCCAAAGAUAACUUUACAUUCAAAUGCCAUCGAAUCAAUGGGAACAACAAUAUUCAGGAUAUUUAUGCUGUGAAUGACAUCAAAUUCCAUCCGAUGUAUGGUACACUGGUAACGGUCGGCUCAGACGGUACAUUCAGUUUCUGGGACAAAGAUGCCCGUACCAAACUCAAGUCGUCCGAAUCGAUGGGCGAAGCGAUAACCAAAUGUUGUUUCAAUGCACGCGGUGAUAUCUUUGCAUAUGCCGUUGGUUAUGACUGGAGCAAAGGCCACGAAUACUACAAUCCAUCGAAAAAGACGUACAUUUUCCUGCGCCCAUGCAUUGAAGAACUGAAACCAAGACAGACUUAGUAGGGGAUGUUGACGAUUGUUUUUCCCAUUGAAUAAUUGUGUAUCUCUCCGAGUUUCAGUGUGUAGGCAAAACAUAUUCCUUUGAAUGUCAUCACAUUUAUAUAAUGGCAACGAAAUUUCCGAAUUUCCAUUAAAACCAGUCGAUACCAUGACUGAAUCGAAAUAAAUAACAAAAAUAUGAACAUACAAACAA